AGCUUGAUAUAUGAGGACAGGCAAGCUGGGCAGGCUUUUCAUAUGUAAGCAGCAUAGAGGAUGGGCUGGGCAGAGCUGAGCUGGAUCCCUACAGGAGGAGGUCUCAGUCUUAUCUGCUGCCUGGAGCAGGCACAGGGCUGGGGUCUCCUCUCUCUCCUCCUCUGAACUUUGGAUUUAGCAGACAAAACUUUGCUGUGCAAGGUUACAUCAUUUUCUUUGAAGACCUAUUGGAUAGAUGGGGCAACACUGACACCUUCAGGAAAAAGAUGGAAUUGGAGAUUCAAGGCUCUCGAGUGCCAAUACUUUGAUCUGCUUCAUGGUCGUAAAGGAAAAAGCCAAACUUGUAACACCCUAAAUAUAAAUGUGGUCCCUUAUGUGUCCAGGCGUCUAGCUAUUUCCGGAUAUGAUCUUUUCCACAGUUGGCGCUUAACUUCAGUUAUAACUUUUCCAAAAGCUUGGAAAAAUCUGUGCAAAAUGGAUGAAGUAACGCAUCAAUAUCACUUGACUCGACUGUACAGAGAAUACCAAAGCAACAGUGUUAUAUCGCUACAUUACAACUAUACCGGGAAGCUCACCACUAGCCGAUAUAAAGGUGGACUGAAAGCUGAAUCUGUCUUUUUUCUGGUGGUAUGUGUGCUUAUUGUCUUGGAGAACCUUAUUGUACUUUUGGCCAUCUGGCGAAACAAGAAAUUUCAUGCCCCUAUGUUCUACCUCCUUGGCAAUCUAACUCUAUCAGACCUCUUGGCUGGCAUUGCCUACAUGGUCAACAUUGUGUUGUCAGGGGCAAACACGCUCCGCCUUACCCCUGCCAUGUGGUUUAUUAGAGAAGGGGGUGUCUUUGUCACAUUAACUGCCUCUAUAUUUAGCCUACUGGCCAUCGCUAUUGAGCGUCAUAUCACCAUGGUCCGUAUGAAGCUCUAUAGUGGAGACAAGAAAGGACGAAUGGCCUUGCUGAUUGGGGUUAGUUGGCUGCUCUCUAUACUGUUGGGUAUAUUGCCGAUAUUGGGAUGGAACUGCAUUCACAACCUCCCAGCCUGCUCCACUAUCUUGCCCUUGUAUUCUAAGGAUUACAUAUUGGUGUGCAUUAGUGUCUUUCUGGCCAUUCUCAUCUCCAUUGUGGUUCUCUAUCUCCGCAUAUACAGGAUUGUCAAACACAACAGUCAAAGACUGGGCACGCUUCGCAAGGGAGCCCUGAGGAAGUCUCAAAAGUACAUGGCCCUGUUAAAGACGGUUACAAUUGUGGUGGGAACCUUUAUUGUAUGUUGGCUUCCCCUCUUCAUAUUGCUACUGUUUGACGUCUCAUGUGAGGUCAACUCUUGCCCGAUCCUAUUCAAGGCUGAUUACUUCCUUGGCCUGGCUAUGAUAAACUCUCUCCUAAACCCGAUCAUCUACACAUUAACCAGCAGAGACAUUAGAAGAGCCAUUCUGAGGCUGGUCUGCUUCUUCUGUUAUGUUAACGAGGAUGGAGAAACCAGGGGGAGAUUCGGCUUUUUCCCUGUCUUGGAAAGAAGUACCAGCAAAUCUGAGAAGUCAUCCCACAAGCACGAAGGUUUGGAGACCACUGUGUCUUCAGGAAAUGGGACUCCAACGCCGGUGAAAUCACUUAUGCCCCCCAGAAAGUACUGAACAUUGCUAUUCUGGAUGAUCAUAGUCACCUGAUCAUAAUCGAGAAAUUAUUUAAAAUCUGGUCACAUGGCAUUACACCUGAUCUGCUCCCUGAUCUAGUACCUGGUUUGAAUCUGCUGAUCUGCCUUUUGUUUUUUAUAAGAACCUUAAAAACCCUACUUUAGAAGCAUACCAGCCUUGUUCCUUAGGCUUAUAGAAUAUCUAUUGCUAGAGGUCAAUAAGCAGGUAGAUCACAUGUUGUGUUAAUACAAACUGCAUGCACUUCAGCUCAGCUUCAGAUCUCAAAAUGUUGUCCCCCUUCCAGGGGCAGGGGGUUCGUGCACGGGCACCCCUUCUAUGGGGAUAAUAUUGCAUAUACCUGUUUUGCCAGGAUGAUACCUUGUUGAAGGAGGUAUCCUAAAAAAAAAUUUAUUGCAGCUUGACUUGUGGAACAUAUGAAAUUUGCAGAUUUUUUCAAGCCUUAAGGAUUGGCCUAUUUAUUUCUAGUCAAGAGUCAUCGGUCAUCUUUCAAGUAAAGUUUGCUACCACCAACAUUGGCUUUUUAAUAGAGCGUGGAAGAUUUAGAACCUCUGUCAGGUUUUUAUUGCUCUCUUUGGGAGAGUUCCCUUCCCUGCUUGUACCUGUGACAAUUGUCACUAGGAAUGUUGACAAAGGUGCUAACUGAGUGAUGUGCCUGAAACACCUGAACAGAGAUUUUAACCCUUCUUUUAAUAGUAGAAUAAUGCAGGUGGAGUGAUACCGUGUUUUCCUGAAAAUAAGCCCAGGCCUUAUAUUAAUUUUGGCAACAAAAGACACAGUAGGGCUUAUUUUCGGGGUAGGUCUUACCAUGUAAUGUGCUGUCUU